GCGGCAGCCGGCGAUCGGGCGGUGAAGAGCCUCGGGCGCGGCCUCGCCUCCCCGGCCCGGUGCCCGCAUCAGCACCGCGGACAGCACAGCGGCCGUCGCCAGUACCUAGGCGCCCGCUGGCCCACCAACCCACCGGCGCCCGGGCCCGCGGCGUCCGCAUCAGCACCGUGGACAGUGCCCCGGGCCUCUUCUCGCCUCUGCCAGCCCACCUGCUCCCGGAGUCAGCACCGCGGACAGCCCCCCGCCACCCGCCUCGCGGCAGGCUCGGAGCGGUCAGCGCCCCUGGAACAUGGCCACUGAGGUCCACAAUCUGCAGGAGCUGCGGCGAAGUGCCUCGCUGGCCACCAAGGUCUUUAUCCAGAGAGACUACAGUGAUGGGACCAUCUGUCAGUUCCAGACCAAAUUCCCCCCAGAGCUGGACAGCCGGAUUGAGCGGCAGCUCUUUGAGGAGACUGUGAAGACCCUCAACAGCUUCUAUGCGGAGGCCGAGAAGAUUGGGGGCAGCUCCUACCUUGAGGGCUGCCUGGCCUGUGCCACGGCCUACUUCAUCUUCCUCUGCAUGGAGACCCACUAUGAGAAGGUUCUCAAGAAGAUCUCCCGCUACAUCCAGGAGCAGAAUGAGAAGAUCUUUGCCCCUCGAGGCCUCCUGCUCACGGACCCCGUGGAGCGCGGGAUGAGGGUUAUCGAGAUCUCCAUCUACGAGGACAGAUGCAGCAGCGGCAGCUCCAGCAGCGGCAGCAGCUCGGGCAGCGGCAGCAGCGGCGGGGGCGGCGGGGCGGGGGCCCGGUGA